CUACCGCUAUUGAACCCCGUAAAUCGCGUUAUCUGGAAGAGAGACGCACGUAUGUCCAUUGUAAACUGCUUCUCUACUGCUACGCCGGGCGAUGCAAGGAAACCCUAUUGUGAGGAUAAUGCGGCGAGUGAGUUGGUCGAGUUGUCUAGGCUUCACCCAGACAAGAUAAGAGAGGAAGAGACAGUAACUAAAUUUGCUACUGCUAUUGGGAAAGCCUUGUUCGCUUUGCUUAUACAACCAAUUAAGGAUCUAGUAAUUAUAGAGAGCCUUGAAUCGAUGGGUCUGGAUUCGCUCGUGGCUAUUAAGCUACUCGCUUGGGUCUAA